GCGCUCACGAGUCGCUCCAGAAAAGCGCGGGGGCGGGAGAGGAGGAGAGCUGAGAGCGAGAGAGGAGGUGGGGGGAGAAAAGAUAGGUUGAUGAAAAUGAUGGCGACCGAUGCAGAGGAGAUAAGAAACCAAACAAGCCCCUGUCCCUUCCCCGACAACAGUCUGAGCACUCUGUCCAUCAAAAUCACGCGGAAAAACCAGGACAGACACUGGAAGCUGCGGUUUAUUUAUCUGCAGUGCUACUUCUUGACCAUUGCAACAAUAUUGGGGACUGGAAUCUUAGGUCUUCCAGUGACAAUAGCCCAUGCUGGACUGGUGCCUUUCCUAGUCUCUUUUCUUGUUGGCUUCUUUGUCCAAGCCUUGCUCAUCUACCUGUUUGUGGAACUUCUUCAGAAAUGUCAAGUGGUGCAGCUGGAAUCUCUGAAGACAGGUGUCGCAGAGUGUAUUGUGAUGGAUCAAGUGGGUGUGGAGGAUCCAGCCCCCACCGAGGAAGAAGAUGAGGAUGAAAGUGAAAAUGCAGAAGCAGAUACAGGUUUACUACAGCCGGAUGCAUUAGCUCUGCACCACCAAGCUGAUAGCCUGCAGCCCAACCUUCAUCUGCUUGGCCGCCUCUUCCUUUCCCGCCCCAUGAGCCACGCUUUCAACUGCAUUCUCCUCUUCCAGUUCAUUUCAAUUGGAAUCAGUUAUGUCUUAGCUGGCAGUGAAGCCUACGCUGCUCUUCUUAAUAUCAGCCACAUUUAUGUGAUCCCAGCUUUCACCUGGAUUCUAACUCUGGCCAUUUUAUUAGCCCACACGAUCAUUCAGCCAAUCACUUCGCUGCUCACCCUCCUGAAAGGAAUCCUGCUCAUUGUCACGGUGGCUGUGACAUUUGCAGUGGGGUCAGAGGUCGGCCUUCAGAGCAGCAGCGACUUCAGUCAGAUGGGGAAACCUUUCCUAAUGGGCACAGUGGCUCUGGGAGGGAUUGUGAACGUGAUGCCUCUGCUUUUCUCACAGAUCUCACACAACAAAACACAGAUCCUGUGGUUUCGGAGAGCAGUACUUGGAGGUCUGACAACCUGCACUGUGCUGAACAUCCUCUGGUGUUGGGCUGUGCUGGAAAUUGUGCCUCAGACGUCGUUACCAGAAAGGAGAAUGGCAGCAGAGACGACAACCCAGCCCGACUACAGCAGCCCUUCUGGUCCUCCAUCCUCAGUCUCCCCCCACUUCUACUCUAACAUCUCACUAGAACAGUCUGAAAAAGCAGGAGAGAUUGCAACCAUUCCACUGACAAAGAUUAUUAAUGAACGGUACCGAACGUACUCCUGGGUGGCUGAACUGAUCCAGGUGUUUAUCGCCAUCAGCGUCACCGUGUCCUUCCUGGUGAUGGGAUCGGCCAUGAAGCACACCAUUGACGGUCUGAUGAGCUCACUGUGGAGCAGCAAACUGGAGUGGCUGUCUAAAGCUUGGGAGCGGCAUUUGCCAAACAAACAGCACAUCUGCUCAGCAAGAAGCAUGGCCAAAGGAUUCAUGUCACUGAUUGCUUUUAGCACCAUCUUUAUUGUGUCAGCCUGUGAUCCGAGGGGUUUUGUUGUCAUGUUGGACAAAGUUGUGUCAUUCUCCCUCAACACUGAAGUUGGACUUUUUAUCUUCAUUAUGUUGAGAGAAUCCCGAGAAGACAGAUUCCAACAGCUGGCAGUCCCUCUACCUGUGGGUGACUUCAUGUUCAGCCUCAGCUGGCUGCUGCCCACCUACUUCCUUUUUGCCGUAACUUAUGACGUCCUGCAGACGCUGGCAGAUGUGGCUCAUUACUUGCCUUUCUACAAUCACGAUCAGGAGCUACACAUCCACAAUCUGACUGGGAGCUUAGCAGCAGCCAAUCUCUCCAUCCUGCUCUAGAUCCCGAGAACUCAGAUAAGACAUCCAUCAGUAGGAGUUUAAAUUGCCAAAAUUGAGAAGCUUAGCAAGUGCUUUUAUCUUGAAGUUACACUUAACAAGCCUUUGGUACCAUUUUAAGAUAAGCAUCAUCUGUUUUUGAAGGCCAUUUUUCUGUUGUUGCACUGCACUUUCCGAAGACCACUCAUCAGUCUACCACUGUGGCCAGUGAGGCUGCAGUGUGAACUCUUAUAUUUACCUCUUCAUCCACACUGGCUAUUCCUGCUCAUGUGAACUAUAGAAUAGUUUGUUUAUUAAUUACCAAUAAACUGAAAUAUUCUUUUGUGCCAUUGGAUUUCUCAGCACAUACUGGGAAGCACAUGUAUUUCUUUGCACGAAAUCCUUUUUAAGCCAAAAAUGAAACACACUCAUGUCAAAAUUUGAUUUAGAAUGACUUUUAUUGGUCUGAAAGUUUCCUCUGACUAGGAAUGUCACAAACAUGUAACAAAAGAAAUUAAGACACUGUAUUAGUGAUGUUCGCUCGGUCGGGCGCUCGGUUUGGGCGGUCGCCGGAUCGCCAUUUGAGGAAAAAAAAAUAUAUUAAAAAAAAAAGAGAUGUUCGCUGUUGUAGUUUUGUUUUCAAUUGUUUUUUCAAAUUGUUGUUAAAAAGUCAUAUUCAAAAUUACUUGUACCCUUAAAAUUGUCAAGAAAAUGCAGCUUCUAUACCAUUCCAAAGGUCCUGGUGGUUUCUACCAUCUUCUACAGUGUUCUAAUGCAGUAUACAGUAGUAAUGUACUAGUAAUUCUGUAGUAUAUAGUCAGUUAACAGUAAACUACAAGUCAUUCUUAAAACCAAACAGCUGAGUGAGGACUUGCAGUUGUGCAUUGUGACUGAUCGAACGACAGGGAGAGGCUGUGAAAUCCAUGUUUAAGUGUUUUUAAUUUGCAAAGAACAAUUAAAAAGUUACAAGGAGUUCCACACUGUGAAAAAUCUCAGAUGGGAAGCCAAAAGUGACUCCUGCACUGGCAAAAACAGUAAUGCAAGAGACAAAGAGGCAUCCAGGAAUCACCACUGAUGAAUCAGACAAAAUCCGGUAUCCACGCUUCAAUGCAGACACUCAAGCAGACUCGUAGAAGUCAGACGUAGAAGGCUCCAUGGAAACGGACCAAGGAGGAAUCCAUCCAUCCAUCCAUUCUCUACACACCGCUUUAUCCUCACUAGGGUCACGGGGGUGCUGGAACGUAUCUCAGCUGACUCGGGCGAAGGCAGGGGACACCCUGGACAGGUCGCCAGUCUGUCACAGGGUCCAAGGAGGAAUCCACUUCUUCAAAACAAGUACACAAAAGCUCACGUGGGCAAAGAAGCACUCACCACCAUUCCUGCAGCCAAACAGGGUGAUGUUUCUCAGCUGAUCAGUCCAGUAACCAUCUUAAAAUCAAACUGCAUAAUGAGAAGAGAGGACUACGUUAGGAUUCUGGAUGAAAACAUCAGGCAGUCUGCAGAAGAACAUGGCUUUUGGCAGCAUUAGACCUUCCAACAACACUGAUCUGAAACAGACAGCCAAAGGGGUGAAGAAAUGAUCAGCACAAAACAAUAUCAACAUUUUGAAGUGGCCCAGUCAGAGUCCAGACUUGAAGUUCAUCAAGAAUCUGUGGCGAAAACUGAAGACCAGCGUGAUGCCAAGAAAAACCUUCCAAACUCGCAUAUCUCAAGGUGGUCACAACAGAGGGGUGGAAAAGCUUGUUAGAUACUGUAGGAACAGUUUGACACAGAUUACUUACAAAAAAAAAAAAAUUGAAUGAAUAAUUUUGCAGAUGACAUUUUGAUUAAAAAAAAGGUUACAAUGUAUUGUUAACAUUUCUAACAGUGUCUUAGCAUCUUUUGUUACUUGUUCACACUAAUUCAGACUUUGACAUGAGUAUUUAUUUGUUCCUUACAUGUACACUAUCUCUAUUGAAGCCUUACACAGAGUAUUAAAAGGACAUUUAUUUAAAUGCAGAUGUAUAUUCCUUCUCCUUCAGUGCUAUUAUCAUGAAAUUAGAAGUUCUCUUCUGAAGGGGUUACCAGCCUUUUCUGCUCUGGACCGUUUUUAUACUAACAGUGUUGCUGUGGACCCUCAGGGGUUUAAUGCAUCUCCAAACGGCAUCCAUAAGCACAUUAGAAAGUUUGAUGAAAGAAGCUCCCAGUGGUCUGUUUGCAUGCUCAAAGAUUUAAUAUGUUCUGUUUUAGGCAUGAUUCCUUCUAUUUAUCCAGCUAACGCACAACCAAGCCUUGAUAUUUACAAAGACUGAGAGACAGUUAAAUGAGUAUUUGUUGAUUUUUUUUAAUAUUGUUAUUAUGAUGAUGAUAAUUAUUACUGUUUGUCUGAUUAGUUUUCUAGGGCAUUUCUCUUCUUGCUAUUUAUUUAAGGCAAGACGAAACGUGCAAUUUACAUCAUUUAUCGUGGAUUCUGAUUUUUGUUGCCCACUGAUUCCAAGAAUUUACAUGGUUGCAACUUUACCCUCUGAACCCCAAAACCUCCCUCUGGGUUUAGAGGUGUUUUAUCUUUAAAAAAAAAUGUGGCAAAAAUUCUACCAGUUGUUGGCCAAAAAAUGUAAAAAAAAAAUUUUUUAAAAAGUAGGAAGAAUGUCUAGAUUUUCACGGUUUCCAAGCUUUUUGUACUCACCUGUGACGUGAUAUUCAUUUGGAAAACGUGACCAAAUCUUCCCUUAAAAUGUUCAAAAUUGUUUAACAUCUGUUAGAAAUCAGCCAACGAUAAAGUGUGUGCAGGAACCAGAUUCUGUAAUAAAUAAAAUAGAAAACAAAUUCUGCACCCACUGGCACCACCACAAAGCUGCAACUAUUUGGCUCUGUUGAUGGAAUAACUGUCAUACUGCACAAAAUGAGUUUUAGAUUUGUUUUCUACUUCUAGCCAUGAUUGUACUGUUUCCAUAGAGGUGUACGACUUCAUAUUGCAGUGAAAAAUGAACCCACAUUGAGCAAAAAAUGCCCACAAACUAAUUGGGGUUGAGCGGGUUAAAAUACAAAAACACUUCCUCGUCGGCACUUUUCACUGAGAAUGUAGCAUGUCGCUUUAGUUUGAUUGUACUCUGCUGUGCUCCAGCUCAGAGGAGGUUUAAACGCUUCAAAGUUCUAUCGAUUUGUUAAAGGCAAUUUUCUGUUUAGACAUGAAUUAAACAUGGUGUCAUGCUUGUCA